GGAAAACCCCGAAUGAAAAAUGUGCAUCCUCAACAGAAACGCCAGCAAUUUGCCAUAGGCAUACAUGACCCCGAAUCCCGUACUACAGCACUACUAGCCCACUGCUGCUUUUUGACCCUUCCCUCGUCUUCAGCCUGGUCGCAUGGUGCCUUACAAAAUCACCAAAUACCAUUCGUCAACAAUCUUUCCAAUCUGCUACUUCGGUUCCCGUCUCCACUCCCUAAGAGGCUACCUCGGCUGGACUGGUCUGCUUCCGGCAUUCCCUCCGUCUGGACCUGCGUCAUAUCGUCAAGCCUUGCUGCACGAUUUCCUGCACGCCCUUGUAACAGAAGAAAACUAUUAUUGCGUCUAUUUGUAUAGGUCGCACGACGCGCUGUGUGGGCAAAUACCGUAACGCACCAUGCUCGCUGCAGUCAUGUCUCAUCACAGUCUGCCGCUGACUACUCACGAGGCGCUGUCGGGUGUCUUCGGCUCAAUCUCGUUAGCUUCAUGGAUCUUCCUGUUGGUCCCACAACUAAUUGAAAACUACAAAUCUGGCUCUGCAGAUGGCAUCUCCCUCGCCUUCCUCGCCGUCUGGUUCAUUGGCGACGUGACGAACCUCGCGGGGGCUCUCUGGGCCGGUCUCGUCCCUACCGUCAUCGCCCUCGCCGUCUACUUCUGCUUCGCAGACCUCGUCCUCAUCUCGCAAUGCGUUUACUACAACAUGAAAAACUCGCGCCGUGGCGAUCGCAAGACUUCCACGCAGUCUACCAAUAGCAUCGAGGCGCCUUUGCUCGGUCGCCGCGACAGCAGCAACAUUGGCUUGCCUGGCAGUCACAGGCGCGAUUCUGCUGCGAGCCGCAGGCGCCGCGCAAGCUCUCUCCCUACAAUCCCCGAUGUCGGUGACGGUGCCAGUGAGUGGGUAAAGAACGCGUUGAGCAUCGUGGGAGUCUGUGUUGUCGGCGCAGCGGGAUGGGCUAUCGCGUGGAAGACUGGUGUUUGGGUCCCGCAACCCCAGCACAACACCGAGGAUGCCUCGGACAACCCGGUCGGCGCAAUGAUCUUGGGAUACGCGAGCGCAGUGGCUUAUCUUGGGGCGCGCAUCCCUCAAAUCAUCAAGAACCAGCGGGAGAGGUCUUGCGAAGGCUUGUCGCUGCUCUUCUUCAUGUUGAGUUUGCUGGGCAAUGCUACCUAUGGCGCAGGAAUUAUCUUCCAUUCGCAGGAAAAGGACUACAUACUCACCAACCUCCCUUGGCUCAUCGGCUCUCUCGGUACAAUGGUCGAAGAUGUGACUAUCUUCGUCCAAUUCCGCGUUUUCGGUAACGGCGAGGCAUCUUCUGCCCUUGAGGCUUGAUGCGUUCUGCUGCGUCUAUAAACGAUCAUUCGUGUCUUACGGUUGGCGUUGUUGCAUCUACCGCUGGAUGACGGUAUGAUCUACUAAAAAGUUUGUGUGUGUACGUACUUGCAUCAUCAGUCUUGGAUACCCAGUACAAAAAAAAGAGACCUGUGUUUGAGCGCCAUUGGCGAGGUAAUGUUGUAUCAUGAAGCUAGAUUUUGUUCACCAAUCUAAAGGAUUAAUUACAUCCCAUAGUUAGUCGUCACGACGUUGCGCAUCAUAAAGUUCAUGCAGAAUGAUACAUUGAUGUGCUGAAGACAGAACCUUGACAGACUCCCCAUGGGGUAUAUCUCACCCCUAAGCAGUCUAUAAGCGCCAGAAGAGACAUGAAAUAAGAUCCAUAGCUUCUACCAUAUAAGCCCCGU